AGAAAGUGAAAGCUGGCAGAAAGGAAACGGAGGAGACGCAAGAGCAAUACACGUGCGCCUGCAAAAAGGAAAGCAGCAAGUCUGUGGAGGAAAGCAGUCGAAGCAUGGCCUCAGGGGAUGCCUCAGAGGUGGUGGAGAAGCCCCUGGUGUUUCGACUUCAUGAGGGAGCACCUGAAGUGGUGCGUGAGGUCCUCUUGGAGCGUGGCUGGGUGGAAUAUGACGAGCAGGAGCAGGAGGAAGGCGACUGGAAUCUUUACUGGCGCUCCUCUACAUUCAGGAGCUGUGACUUUGAUAACAUUUUGCCAUGGCAAAGACUGAACCACCACCCUAAAACAAUGGGCAUAACAAGAAAGGACAAUUUAGCAAGGAACCUAAAGCGAAUGAAAGGGAUUUUUGGCCCAUCACUCUAUGAUUUUAGUCCAAUUGCUUUCAUCCUGCCCAAUGAUUAUACAAAGUUUGUGGCCGAGUAUACAAAAGACAGAUAUGCAAAUGGUGGGAAGCCAGGGUACUGGAUAUGUAAGCCAGUAGAUCUAUCUAGGGGAAGAGGGAUAUUUAUUUUUGAGGACAUUCAGGAUCUGGCUUAUGAUUCCCCUGUCAUUGUGCAGAAGUACGUAAGCAACCCUUUGCUGAUUUCUGGCUAUAAAUUAGAUCUCCGUAUCUAUGUUUGUGUCAGUAGUUUUCACCCUCUUACAGUGUACAUGUACCAAGAGGGCUUGGUGAGAUUUGCAACAGAGAAGUACAAGCUGACUUCACUGAACAACCUGCUUGCACAUUUGACCAACACAAGUAUCAACAAGUUUGGGCCAGCAUACACCAUGGACAAAGAGCGGGUGGGCCCAGGGUGCAAGUGGACAAUGAGUAAAUUCCGUUGCUUUCUACAUAGCCAGAACAUUGAUGAAAUUCUUUUGUGGCAGAGAAUCAACAACAUAGUAACCCUGACCUUACUUACCAUUGCCCCUUCCAUUCCACCAACCCCUAAUUGCAUAGAACUCUUUGGGUUUGAUAUCCUGAUUGAUGAUAACUUCAAGCCAUGGCUCCUGGAAGUGAACUACAGCCCGGCGCUGUCUUUGGACUGCCCAACAGAUGUGACGGUAAAGACGGGACUGCUAUAUGACCUGGUCGAUCUGUUGAACUACAAGAAGAUGGAUAGCGAGAGACAAAGUGGUUACUUGAAACAGUGGUAUAAAGGCCCCCGUUAUUUAAGUACUCAAUCUUUGGGUUCAGGAAAUGCACUGGUAGUUCAUCCUAAAGCUAUGUAUAAGCCCAAGGAGCAUAUAGAUCUGACUCACAACAAAAGUUUCAGUCAUUCUAGUGUGUACAAACAGAAUUCUAACAAAGAGGCACACUCUGAAUCCAUUGCGACUAAGGGCUGCAGUACGUCAUGUGAUAGCAGAACCCAGAUGUAUGCAUACAACCGAGAAGAUGGCACUGAGGCAUCUAGACCUAACAUAUGUUGGGAUACUAAGAAGUGCCCUGUUCUUUCAAAAGAACCAGCACAGGUUCAGUGGGCAAUAAGCACCACCAACAAGAAGACCUCUGCAGUUAGUACACAGGCUGUAUCUCAGAACAAAGAAAGGUUAGGAGCAGCUAGAAAGAGGCCAUCCUUGAAGCAGUCGUCUCUUGGCCAUUGUAAGCUACCUUCAAUUCACAUACAAAGGUACAAACCUGCAUCUUUUCCCUGGAAUUCAAAAGCUAAUGAGAAUAUUAGGCCCCAGUCCCGUGUGGGAGACUUUAUUCUAACAUUUCCUUUCAAUGAAGCUACGUACAAGGCUUCAAGAAGCACAGUAAAUGUGAAAAUAGCAGUCCAAGAAGUUCAGAAGCUCAUAAAAAGGCUUGUGUCUUCUGAGCUUCAUAAAGUAAAGAGACGAAAAGCAGGCUCUUUUUCUGAUAGCAUAUGCAGUAGCAAAGAGUGCGUUGGACCAUUGCUAUGGGGUCCUAAAGACCCUCCUCUUCUCAGUGACUGCUGCUCACACACGAUUAACGAUUGACCGUGAUGUAAUACCUGCAGAUUUUAAUCAGGACAAAGUACUUACAAAUAAUACAGUCUGUCUCAAAAUGAUAUGUGGAAAUGUUCUAAUGAUAAAACAAACAAUAAUAUUUGUAGUUUAAUUUUUUUUUUAUGUCGACACCUACUAUUACAAAUGUAUAUCCCUGAAAUAUUUUAAAUAUGUGCUAUUACUGGUAUCAAUACAUUUGUAUACUAUAUAAACAGUACAUUGUGAUUGCAUGUACACUACAGUAGACCCCCGUUAAUUUGUUCAAAGUGGGACCGAUUUGAGCCUGAAUUAGUGAAAAACAUGGAUUAGCCGAAAUUAAGCUUGCUGUUUGGGAAAUCCCUGCACUAUUAAUUGAAGACUCGAAAAAUGCAAUAGUACAAAAAAUAUAUAUCUCCCAAUGGUCAAAAAAUAUAUACUGUACGUAAUCCGCGUUGUUCAGAGGCAGAGAGAGCUGGUUUAAAAAAGUCACUGAUCUUUAAUUGUCGUAACUGCUUUUCAUAUUCAGACUGCCAGGCUAAGAGUCUUAAGUCUGCUUCUGCUUGCUUGUCACUGGUUUCAGUAACUACAAUACAGUACUGUCUGUUGGCUUGCACUAUACUGUACUCAAUUUAAUUGAAUUAAAUGAUGACUGUCUGCUUCCGCAGAUACGCUGAUUUCUGCACUAAUAAAGAGUGCGAAUAACUGAUUUCUGCACUAAUACAUUUUGAUAAUGUACUGUAUUAAACCACACAGAUUAUCGAAACACAAAUGAUUGAAACACCGAUUAACGGGAAUCUACCGUAUAAUGAAAUCACCUGCAAUGAAUGGCAUUUUAAUAAAAAGGGGUUUACAGUAUUUCAGGGUAUUUCAUUUUUGCUCACUGCUGCUAAUAAAUUCAACCAGUUCUCAUGUUCCCUUUAUUCAGUAUUAAUUCUAACAUGGACCCACUCGUCAACUCGACAACAGCUGUGAUUAAGUUUCUGUUUUACUGAGUGGCAAGAAAAUAAGUAACGAAACCUUAAAAGUCAUUUUGUUUUUAUAUUUACAGCCAAGUGGGCCCAUCAAUCACAAUAUAGUUAUCGUAUCUGAAUACUUUCUGGUGGCACAGCGUACACUAUGUUCAAUGUGUUCAAAAGUGGGUAUUGUUUAAAAAAAAAAAAAAAAAAAGUUAACAUUUUUUUACCAGUUUGGAAAGUAUGAGUAGAGGGAAGAAGAUGCACAAUUGGUUUAAUAAGCUGUGAAGGAGAAGUCCUGUAUGUUUCAUUCUUACAACCCAUUGAACCUUCUUCUGGUAAAUAUAUAACCAUUUUGAUGGCCUACAAAUCAACUUGUAAAAUAUUUGUACUGUAACCGAGUUUAUGCUCACCUUGUUGCAGCAGUAAUUAUCAUCUGUUACUUGUGUGCUGGGUUUUUAUUAAUGUUACUUUCCUAUUAUUCUCACUUGCAGAAUAUUAUCGCCUAAACAACACAAAGCUUUUUGCUCAGAAUUACUCAUUAUUUUACUAAAAGCAUUACAAUUCUAAAACAAAUAAGAAACAAGCACCCAAAUCAAAUGUCCUGAGUUGUUUACUUCUGGUUUGGUAAAUUUAUUAGGUGUAUACUUCCUUUCUGAAUGACUAUUUGGAGUAAAAAGCUUUGAGAAUGGAGACAAUAUUGUUUUUAUUAACAAAAUGACACAAUCAUGAGUAUUUAUGUUAUAUAACCCAGUUUAUACAACGCUGUAGGUAGUUUCAGCCAAUUACAGCACCAACAGCCAUUCAUUUAUUACGCAGCAAUAGCCCAAAUCUGACAGAAACCAUUUAAAUGUACCCAUGACUAUGCAGUUAUACAGUACUGCUAAAUGUGUAAGUAUAGCCAUAUAGUUACCUUGCAUCCCAGGAUGUAUUAGACACAUGCAUAUGCCUUGAUUAGACGAUGAUUGAAUGUAAUUUGGUUACCUUUAUCAAAAUCCAUGUUUCUUGGAUGUGUUCAUCAGCAAAAAACAAAACAAAACAUGAAGUAUCACAUUAAAAACACAACUACUUUUUCAUUCAGCUUAAUGAAUAAAUAAAUUGUAACUUAAAACAUCAGCUCGUAAUACCAGUCACCUUAAGUGACUCCACAGACAUCUAACACCAAUAUAAACCAAUGUUUUUGUAUGUGCAUUAUCUAAUUGAUAAGAAAAUGGCCAUCAAGCACUGAAACAAAUGUGAAUACAAGCCAAUAAUAAAGCACACUUUAUAAUCAUUUAUCUGAUUAUAUACAGUGCAUAUGAAACUGCGAUAAGCAAUGCAUUUUUUGUAAAAACACUUUUUAUAAUCCUA